GUCUAUCCGUUCGCGUCUUCGGCCGAUUUGGCGCUUGAUUUCGUGUGAGAUGAACUUGUGCGUGCUAACGGGUUGAGUAAAUAUGACAUAACAGCGCCAGCAGCAAUGGAGCUCUUCGAUGCCUCAUCGCCUGGUCGUCAUGGAGGCCAGAAUUGUGGUCAGUCGUCCAUCAAAGAACUGCUGCAGCAGGUGUACAGCACACACAUCGGCAUAACUCAAGGCCUGCAGAAGCAAGUCUCGUCAUUGACUUCACUCCUCAGCGAAAAGGAUCGAGAGCUGCGCAAUGCUUCCUGCCAACAUUGUGCGUCCGUCAAGGACACCUUUGAGCGCUACAAGGCCAGCUACCAGCAGAUCAUCGAGAAGCUUGAGACCAAGAUUAGCCUGCUUGAGGAAAAGGUUUCUUCACAAGAGGAAGAGCUUCGUGGAAGGAAUGUCAGCCCCGUUGUCAGUGGCACUCCACAACGGGCAACCAGGAGCAAGUGUAGACGGCAGUUACUGAACUGCUCGGUCAGUCCCAAAUUGUGGGACUCGAUUCUGCAAGAAGACUCGCCAAGGGACACAAGCUGUCUUGUACUUCCCUCUCCUACCACUACUGACAAGCCUGCUGAGUGCGAGGAAGCCCUGGAGGCAGCCAUGUGCACGGCUGUGAUAAACGGUAAAAGCAAUGAGUUGCCACCCCUCGCGGUGCAAACGGUGCCGGAGACACUGGAAAUAGAACUCUACUGUGGUGGUGUCGAUGAUGAAAUUACGUCGUACCAGCCGCCGCUUUCAGCAAUCGCCGAGAAAGAGGAAAGCAGUGGUGAGGAUUCCGUUCGAUCGAGGGGAAAUGCACCUACCGAAGUGGCAAACAAUCAAAGGUUCAUUGAUUGUGCAAAGGAACAAGAAAAAACAGGCGCUGAAGCACCUGAGAGUGAAUCAAGCCUGCUGGGUAUAGAUGAACAGGAAGACAGAAUCACCGAUGCUGAGUCAGAGGGGUCUCCGAGCCUCCUCCAGCAGGACAAAGGUGCGCGUCCUGUGCCGCCCCGUGAGACAUGGGACGACGAUGAGGUGCCACCAACAAGUGUUGUGUCAGGCACGACUCCCGCACAAUCUCUGUCUGAAGUGUCAUGCCACAAGACACUCAAUGUGAUGGAUGACCGAGCCAAAUCACCCAGUCUACUUGACGUGUUUGCUGCACCAAAGAGCACUGUGGCCCCUGUUACGAGUGAGGCGGUGAAAGUGGUGGGCUCCUCUAGUCUACCUGCCACUGAAGUGACUGUGUGUGACGAUGACUUGGUUCCCAAAUCAGUGUUGCCGAGCGGCAGCAAGCUUUCUCUGUUGAGGAAGCGGCGUGCGUCACCAACCGAGGCUGCCGAUGUGUCCCUUGUUCAACCUCCGAGCAGAGCAAAGCGGAAAAAACAGACCAAGCUAUCUGACGGGUACUUCCUCUCGAUAAACCGUACAACAGUCCCUGCAACCAGGUCCUCCAGCAGAUCCAUAAAAAAGGAAUUGUCGCAGACUCACGUGGACACUCAUUUCCCUGAGGACUCGCUUUUCUCAAUGCAGAGGAAGCACGUCGACCUAGACGAGACAUUUGUUUCACCCGGACUUUUGAAAAAAUUCAAGACGCCACCUAUGGCCACAGUUUCGGGCUUGCCAGGUGCUCUGGAAAAUGGUGGCACCCCUGAAGUUAAACAAGGGCCAUAAGGCGUUCAAGAGAGGAGUGGUAACAAUAAAUAACCUAUUCUAAUAGAGCAGCACAGUGUCAAAGACAGCAGAUUAUAACUCUUCUGGAUCAGUGAUGGAGACCAUGGAAGUAGGAAGAUGAUUCCAGUGUUGGCUUGUUUCUGGAAUAAAAGGUUCAUUUGUAAAGAGUUCCCUAAAAUAAAUGAAGUAGUGACAUCUUUUCUUGUCUGCCUUUUUUUUUUUGAAACAACACCAGCAGCACCCUCUAGAGUGUGUAGAGGGAAGCUGCAGCUUUGUGUGCUGUCCCCUUAACUCUUACACUAUCGCUCCCUAGAUAACUCAAGCAUCCACCCUCGCACAGCCCUACCCCUGAGUACUGUACCCCUUUUGUGUUUUUAGCAGACUCCCUCGUUCUCUAGAAACAAAUUGUGCAAAAAAACAAAAAACAAAAUGUUGCCUAACUGUUGUGCUAUCUAUGGAGAUGUAAUCUAAACAAUCAAAACAUGGAAGGUAAAUUCCUGACAGCAGUUGGAACAAAUGUCUCAGUUCUCUGUUGCUCUGUCUCUACAGAGCAACCAUGACAAACCAGUCUGGCAUGCCCGUGCACACUUCAACAGAUGAAGGGUUCUAGGAACUGGAUAUGAAUUCUGAAGUGGAACAAUGCAACGAUAAAAAAAGUUUCUAUAUAGCAUAAUAUGUCUGCUAAACUAAACCCCUAAAACAAACCACCAAGAACUAGCAGCUGAAGCUCAAUGGGCCAGCAAUGGCCACUCAGUGUAGCAGGUCCUUCGGCACUUUGUCAAAUGAAGGAAUUAUGAACAGUUUGAUUUCUGAACUGGUAAAGAAAGCGAUGACAGAGAACCAGAUUCAAUGAGCAUAAAAUGUGCACUGAAUCAACAUGAAAAAAAAAAAAAAAGUUACGACAGGGGUUGAGGAGCAAUUGGGAAAAUGAACCAGCAGUGAAAGGUUUAAUUGUUCUCAAGUCUUUAUUACGAGCCUGCUUUGUCAAUGCCAAUGAAUUUUUCCUCCAUUUUGUGCCUUUUCAUCUUUGACACAGAAUACGCCUGCUUCUCUGUUGUCGCUUGUUGGAAUGUGGAGCUCUCUUUCCACCCCACUAUUAUUCCACAUAAUACUUAGUACUAUCCUCCACUUUCGGUGAGGAGGUCACAGUGUACCUUGAAAUCACUGCAUUGAGCUGACCUAUCCGUGAAGCAGCAAGUAAUACAAAGGAAGUGUCACUGUCACGUAAAUGCAGUUAUCAGUGAAACAAGUGGGAGAGGAGGUGGAAGAGUCUUGCCAAAGCCAUCACUACCAUUGCUUGUGCAUCUCUUUUCGUGGCUAGUCAGUCAUCUUUGAUGCCACACCUGUGCAGCCACUGUGACCUGCACUUGAGCAGCUUUCUGUU